CAGGGGACACUUGAGAAAUGCACGCACGAACACGGGAAAAAGGAUUGGAAGCGGCGAUAUUUUGUAUUCAAGCACAUAUUGGCAAGUAACAUCAGAAGCUUGGAGUUCUAUGCUGUUGGUAACAGCAAGAACUGGCGGACUGCAGAACCUAAAGGAGUGUUAGCUCUUUAUCCCGGGUAUGAAAUCAUAAAAGUUCAAGAACCAAAGCGUCAUUUCGUCUUUGAAAUCAAAACAGUGGAUCAUACUUAUCGUCUGGCGGCUCAUUCUGAAGAUGAACUUAAUGAGUGGAUUCUUAUCUUGGAGAGAGAGAGUAUAGGUGAGUAGAUAGAUGACAUAAUUAAUAACAUUUUCUCAAUUCUUGACUGCGAUUUAAGAUCAUGAAUAAUGAAGACGUCAACAAAGUAAUCAAAAUGAGAAGUAGAAGGCUUGAAAAAAAGGAAGAUCAAACAAUGUUAUCAUGUGAAAGUUGUUUGGAUUUAAGGUCAGCAUGAAGUGAGAGCCACAUCUUAAGCUAUCAUGGAUAGCUGUAAAUGCUCUGAUAAGCACCUAGGAGUAAAUUAAUUUUCAGAGAAUGAAAUAUAUUAAAGUUCACAUGGCAACCAUGUGGACAAUCGGACAUGGUUUGAUGCUACUCUGGUUUACAGAUCUAAUGAAUGUAACCAAAGAAGUUACAAUUCAUAGACCCAUGAAUUUUCAGGGCUUCUAGUCAGGGGAAUUUUCAGACAUGAGAGGGGCUUACUUGAGAGGGGUCUCUUUUAGAUUGUACAGUUAGUGAUUGUCCAUGGAACAUGUUUGAGAGGAAGCAUGUCCAGAAAGAUGCCCAGAAUUUCAAAUGGAAAAAAACUAAUGUUUUGUAGUGUUUUUAAAUAUAUCAUUGAUAGUAUAGUGUGAUGCAAAGAUCAGGAGAAAAUCUUUCUUAAAUGGUUCCUGGCUCAGAAUGAAAAAAGGCUGAGAAAGAAAGAUCUCUGAGUUGUUUCCCUGUAGGGUUACUACUGAAGGAGACUGGGGAUUAUCAUUACCAGACAUUUCUAACCUUUUGACAUUGUCUGAAUGUAACUAUAAACUUCCUGUUGAUCUUCCUUGAUACUUGCCACACAAUUGUAGUUUCCCAGAUGUUUCCACGGAGAUUCGUUGUAACUCAGCUGAAAUUGCUGAAAAUAGGUUUUUAAACUCUAUGCUACAAAGAUUAAUAGAAUCCUUAGAAACAAAGAUAUGGUUUUAAAUUUAUUUGAAUAUCAAUUGUAUUCUUGGUUUAUUAUACAGUCAAUUCAUUUUAUGUGGAUCCUGAAACCACAGACCAGAUGUUAAAGCUGGGAGCAACUGGUAAAUGUCACCUCCAUGUAGCAAACAGUGAGCUACGACUUCUCUGUGCUAAAGAUGGAAGAUUGCUGGUGGCAUGGCCUUUCACAUGUCUACGGAGAUACAUGAGUACACGGGGAAAGUUCACAAUUGAGGCUGGACGAAGAGCUCCCACUGGAGAAGGAAAGUUUGCAUUUUUUACUCCUCAAUAUGAUGAAAUUUACAAGCUCUUGGACAAUGUUGUGAAGUCCAGGGCAGGCCAUAAACCUUCCCAUGAAACAAUGGAGAAGACACAUUCUGUGCCAAUUGAUAGUGUAUCCACAAAUUGUAAAGAGACUCCAGACAAUAGUUAUGAGCAGCUGUCGUGUAUCCCUGUGACUACAUCAAGUAUGACAAAUUCAUUAAAAGACACAUAUGCUGCUCCCUAUGGGCAUCUGCCAUCACGUGAUAUGACAAGAACAGGCCUGCCGCAUGUUACUGAAGGUGCUUCUCAAGCUAUACCCACGGAGGAUGAUCAAUAUAACACACUAAGUCAACCAAUUCAGGGAUCUGAAGAACCAAGGAUCCAACAUGUCCAAAAACCUGUUGUUGCAAAUGAGUACAACACUCUUGAUCAGCACCUUGCUUUACCUCAUCAAGGACAGGAUAUGUAUAGUGUCCUUCAACAUAGUUCCAAUCCUCCAACAGGGUCACUUCAGAAAGAGACAGAAGAUGUUUACAAUGUGAUCGGAGAGACUUUGCACUCUGUGCCACAUGCUAGUGUUCAAGAAAAUAAAGAUGUGUACAACACCUUGUCUUCUCCCCAAAUAAAUGUUCUGCCACCAACCACAUCAGCUCCUGAGGAAACAUACAAUGCACUAGAUCAUGGUUCACCAGUAUUGCCUCCUCGCAAAGGAAACUUUAAUAGUCAAGCAUCUGUCAGAUCACCAAAAUCAGUUGUCAGGAAGCUUUUUGACUCAACACCAGAUGAAGUUGAUAAUAUGUACAACACCCUAAGUACACAAAGACAUCCUCCACUUCCAGUAAGAAAAACAACCAAGCAGUCAGUGCUUCAGAAAUCCCAACCAAAAGAUGAAGAUGACGAAGUGUACAACACACUGGAUAGUGCCUCAAAAGUAAGACCAUCAGCACCUCCUAGAAAGACAUCUGAACAGCUGACGUAUGAAACUAACAUGUACAAUACAUUGGAUUUGUUUAGUGCAGGAAACUCUGCAUCCAGUAAAACACAACAAGGAAAUGAUGAAAUGUACAAUACACUCAAUGUAACAAGAGGGGGUACAUCUCCUAUUCCAAAUAGACCAAAAAGUUGGACUGCAUCAUCAGACAAAGGUGAUGAGAUGUAUAAUACACUGGGCAAUAAAACUGUGGCCUCUAGUUCCCCCAGGAAUGAUGACGACAUGUACAGUACACUUGAUGAAACAAGAGGUAGACCUAGUCCAAGUGUGCCUGUUCCAACUCAGAGAUCAUUUCACCUUACCAAUAGCCCUGCCAAAAAAGAUACCUUGGAACUGAAAGGCAACUCUACUUCCUCCCAUCACUCAACACGUUGUCCCCUAGAUGUCUCAUCAUCACCAGCAAAGACUCCUCAAUUUACAUCUUCCUUGGAGGACCCUGACUCUUAUGCAAGCAUCAGUUAUUCAGCUCUGUUAUCCCAUAAAGGAACACAGAAAAAUCCUCCAAUUCCAGUGAAAAGAUUAAGUCCUUCCAAGGCUAGAAAAACCAGUGCCCCUGAUGUUUUGUCAUUUUCAGGACAGACUGGCAUGAAGGAUGUUAGGAAGCCAGGGAAAGGAAUUGUUUCAAAUUUGAAGGCUUCCCUGGAAGCAGGAGGCUUAGAUUUGACCAAACAACCAAGGAAACCCAAAAAGCUCUCCAGAGAAGGAAGUGAGGACUUGUCUCCUUGUGCAGAAUUUGCAGAGCAAAGAGGCAGCGAGGGCUUGGCAGAAAAUAUCGUUGUUUGUGGGAAUUUACCCAAUAAACCUGAAAGGUCAGAAUCGUCACCGUCUGAUCAUGGAGAGGAUAUUUAUGAUGAAUUACAACAGACAGCUCAGGUCAGACCCAAGUCUUUACAAAUCACUAAAGCUAAAAAAAGUCCAAAGAAACAUUAA